AUGUCUCGGUUUCUUUCGACUCGUCCUCCUUCCCGAGACGAAGACGACAACAGCACCCCCAAAACGAAUAUGAAUGUGAAUAAAAAAAGAAACGCGCGAGACGAAGAAAGAACCUUCCUGGAACGCUACGCGAUGUGGUCGCACCAAAAUCCACUCCUCGCGUUGACGUGCAUCGUCCUCGUCGCCGUCGGAUGCAUUUUAACCGUCGUUUUGAACGACGAGUUACAAUUCGUGGAAACGAACGAUCGAGAGUGGGUUAUUUUGAAAGAUGGGAUUACGAGUGAUGCGGAUGCAGCCGCAGAAGGCACGAGAUUGGUCGAAGAGUAUUCAUCCUCGGAUGUAAUUUACGAGCGAGGCGAGGAGUCGCAGAGAGGUUCUCUGUUUUUCCAAUUCGUCAGUAACGACGGCGCCGAGACGGUGUUUACGAAGGCGAACUUGUUGGCGAUGCGGGAAAUUCACCGAAUCGUCGUCACGCAUCCGAAAUAUAAACAGUAUUGUCAGUUGAAAGACCCAAAAGUGAUGAAAGAUGAUAUUACCGACGAUAUCGAGAAGAUUUAUAGCAACUCCUCUGUGAGUUAUUUAGACGUGUGCGUGAAACCGUUGACGCCGGUGAGCGUGUUUUUUCCUCCAAACGGCGAAGGCGAGUUGGUAGAGGAUAUCGACGCAGUCGUCAGGGAGAUUGGGAGCGAGGAAAAUAAGAAAAUGUACGGAUAUUUCUUAGAUGGAGCGUUCGAUGUGCAAACGUUGGUAAAUGGAGCCACUCGCGCGCGGUAUCCGAUGGGCGCGCCGGUUAUCGGGUAUAGUUCGCAAGAAGAUAGAGAGAGAGAACAAGGCGUAGUUAUAGGCGAGGCGAUUUUGGACGACAUAGAGAAAGAGUUGUUCAAUCGAUACGCGAUGAAAGCUAAGUUUCUGAGCACGCCGUAUAUGAAUAAAGCGAUAGAUAAUAAAGCGUACGAAGAAGCCGAUGGUGAAAAGGCAAACAUGCAAACGAGAUGGUACGCGGGGUACUUGCGUUCGAAAGACGCGGCGAAUGUGAUAAACUUUGACUUGGCGUGGGCGUUUGCGUCCAUUCUAGCCGUAUGGUGUUACAUGGCAUUUCACACUCGGUCGUUCUUCAUCGCCAGUCUUGGAAUGUUUGAAAUCAUCUGCUCGUUUCCAGUGGCUUUGUUCAUUUACAAGCUCAUUUAUCGCAUCGAGUACCUCGGCAACGUACAAAUUUUAUCCAUCUUUGUGGUGCUGGGUGUUGGCGCAGAUGAUGUUUUCGUCUUUUACGACGCGUAUAAACAGUCGCAAUUUGAACCUAGAGAAACGGUUUCAGGUUCGACGUUGACCAGAGUGUUGUAUACCUCUCGAAGAGCAUCUAAAGCAAUCUUCGUGACGAGUUUCACGACCAUGGGCGCCUUUUUCGCCACGAGUUUAUCCGAAGUCAUGCCGAUUUCCGCGUUUGGAAUUCUAAGCGCGACAAUGAUUGCCGUUCUGUUUGUAGUAAACGUGUUCAUGUUUCCACCGGCUUUGUUUCUGUACUCUCUGUAUUUGGACAAAUACAAAGUGUGUUGCUUUUGCACGAAAGCAGAUUACAAGAGGACUGAAAGGUACGAUUUAGAGACGGCGACGACCACUUUAUCCAUGGCAUCUUUGGGAGACGUCGUCGCUGUCGAUGAAGAGAAUACCAAAGAGAAAACUGACGACGAAAGUAAGGAAGGAGGGAUGAGCAAAGGAACAGAAGCUGCAACGAGCGGCGGUGGCGGCGGCGAGGACAACGCGUCAUCGAAUAUACCGAGACCGAUGGAUACGCUCGACUCCGAGGCGAACAUCAAACGCUUACGCCCAAUUGAACGAUUCUUCCGGAACCAGUUCUACGCGUUCAUAAGUUACCGUCCAGUUUGUUAUAUUGUCAUAGCUGCCUUCUUAACGUUGCUAGGAGUUUCGUUAAAACUCGCGCUCGAACUCGAAACGCCCGCGCAGCAAGAGCAGUGGUACCCGACGGCGCAUUUGAUGCAAGCGUACGCGAACGAUCGCACACGCUUUUCGGUUUCCGCGGAUGACCGAGUCGUACCUUUGGAUAUCUGCUUUGGCGUUUACGGUAUGGAUACGUCAAGAGCGAACCAUUGGGACAUCGAACAGCUUGGCAAGUUGCAACUAGACGAAACGUUUGAUAUCACUCUGCCGGCUUCGCAGCUUCACUUCUUACACGCGUGCGAGGCUUUGCGAAUCGCACCAUGCGACGCGAGCGGAUGUCAAGAUGGCCUGUUAGUCAUGUCUCGACCAGUUAUGUCGUCGUCAGACGAUGCUGAUACCGAGGGAGAAGAAGUGGAUGCCACGCAAAAGAGCCUCGACGAACAAACUGCCAGCGGCGUGAGUUGUUUCAUGGAAUCGUUCAAAACGUACAUCGAAGACGAACGCAAUCUCGUGUUUCCAAUCGAAGAUAAGACGACAUUUCUCGAAGAAUUGUGGCGUUUUCGAGCAGAUCCUCGGUUUUACGUUUUCAAAAACUCGAUCGGUUUCUUACCGUACGAUGAAACGAAACCAAUCGUCCCCAGCGAGAACGAACUCGACAUCUUCUUCGUCAAAGUGACCGUGCAAACCACGUUGAAGUACCCGACGACUGCGAAGGUUGCUCGACCCGUGUUUCGAGUCUGGGAGGCGUGGGUGAAAACAAUGAACGAGGAAGCUCCGCCUGGAAUGCAAAACGCCAUACAAACCGCUUACACUACGUGGACGUGGAUGGUCACGCAAGAAGCGUUGGUCCGCAACACUUUCCAAGGCGUCACCAUCUGUUUCGUCAUGGCAUAUCUCGUUCUCGUCCUUUCCACCAUGAACUUUCUCACGGGCGCAAUUGCAACCGUCACCAUCGCCGGCGUCGUCGUUACCGUCAUGGGCGUCGGCGUUCGAGGGUUCAUGGGAUGGGAUUUAGGCAUUGGCGAAUCCAUCGCCGCGGUGAUUUUGAUUGGCUUAUCGGUCGAUUAUUGCGUGCAUUUAGCCAACGCGUACACUGAAGCACCCGAGCUGUUUGCAAAAACUCGAGGCGAGAAAACGCGAAGAGCGUUGAUGAUUAUGGGCGUCAGCGUCACGGCUUCGGCGAUGACUACCGUCAUUUCCGGGUCGAUGUUGUGGUUGUGCGUGUUGAAAUUUUUCUCGAAGUUUGCGUUUUUAAUCACCAUGACGAUUACGAGCAGUUAUUUGUGGUCGAUUUUGUUCUUGCCGGCGGCGUUGAUUUGCUUCGGACCAGAAGGCGACAGAUGGAGUUUAGAACCCGCUGUGAAGAAGUUGAAAAGAUGUUGGUCGAGAAGAGUAAAGGGAGGAAACGUUCAGGCGAUGGCGGCGUAG